CCCCCAAAAGUAGCAAAACCGAUGAACCGGUUUGGGUAUGAAAACCGGGUACGGACAGAGUCACAUCCUGACACACGUGUAGAAAUAUAAGAAAGAGGCUACCUAUAGAGACAGCUAAGUAAUCGUAUAAGGUCAAAAUUAUCUUGAACCAGAUCCGCCAUUGAUACACACCUCCAAGCUUUCCCCUUUUCAAACCCUAAACACCCACACCCACAUACCCAUAUCCAUUUAUCGAUUAAUUAACGGUGAAACAUGUCCAUUAUGCGUGAAUGAGAUUCACACGUAUGGGAGGCACGUGCUUGAGGAGUGAGAUGAUGGUGGUGGAGACUCCUGGUUGCUAUUCAAAGGCCUUAGUGGGUGUCAAUCUUGUUCUUGCUUUUAUUGAUGGUGGUAUUGCUGUUCUUGCAUUCUAUCAGUUGAUAAGAAUUCAUUCUAGGAAUCCACAAAGGGGAUGGACUCGCCAGAAAGUCUUCCAUCUAAUGAUCGGUUCUUCCAGUACGGGUAGGAUAUUUGAAGGUUAUGGUAUUUAUUUUAUAUUAACUCUUGUCGCUGCUUGUAAGAACUGGAUAUGCUGGUCAAACUCUUGUGGUUUUGUUGUUAUGGCAUUGCCCAAGAUUCUGUUUCUUGCAGCAUUUCUUCUUCUUCUAUCUUUCUGGGUUGACCUUUGCCAUCAAGCAAAUGAUGAAGAUGAGGAUGAUGGUAGUCCUCGCGCAGCUUUGAUAGAGAAAGCAAAUAAGCGUAAUUUGAAAAUUAACAGUCGAAGAAGAUAUUGCUCUUUUCGAGUGUUCCCUGUUGGCAGCCGUCAGCAAGCUGUGAUAUUGGUGACUCUGUUGAUACUCGUGAUAAUGCUGGCAUCAGCUGUGCUUAUAUGGAUCGGCCUGGGAAAAAACCCUAUUGAUUCGGCAGUUGUGGCACGGGUAUAUGUAGAUACUUUUGCUGUUGCAAUGCUUUUACUAGGGGGCGCGUUAGCAUGCUAUGGAUAUGUAUUGGUCUCAAAAAUGAGUAAAGUGCGAUCUGAGAGGACGUCUUCCGAAAUGUGGAAGGUUGCUGGACUUGCCAUUGUUUCUGUUAUUUGUUUUACCUCAAGUUCGGUUGUUGCUUUUUUCACAAAUAUACCAGUGCUGUAUCAUUGUGAUUGGCGGAGCAUUAGAGGGAUCUAUGUCUCUCUUCUACUGAUUGUAUACUAUUUUAUAGGUUCAUCUGUACCUUCAGCUUUUGUAUUAUGGAUAAUGAGAGAACUGCCGCCUUCGGUUGCGAUAAACGUACCCGAAGAAUCAAGAACACUCGCUUUUGUCAGUGACUAUUCACCUGCGACAGAACCCCAGCAGCAUUGGACUACGAUUGCCACUGCACAGAAUCAGGUAUCAAGGGCGAGUCCUAUAUGACUGCAGUUCAGCAAAUACAAUUAACCACGCUAAGCGAUAAAGCUGCAUCUUUUGGCAUCAAGAAUGCAGCCCAUAAUUGUUAUGAUUUUGCUAGUUUUAGGCUUCUGUAUAUAGCAGCAAUCUCAUGUUUUUUUUUUUUUUUUUUUUUAAAUCUGUUUUUUUUUUCUAUUUUUCUUUUAAGCUUAGUAUUUGAAUGUUUGACAGCUUCAGUAUUGCGUAUUGCCUCCAUCAUUUAGA